AAGGUCACAAUACGUAUUUCUAUAUUUUAAUUAAUCAUCUAGACAACAUUUUUCCUUUAAGUAUACCCGGGAAAUUAUAGUUUUAGUCACGGAAGUGGGGGUUGUAUUAACAAUCGGCAACACUGUGAUUGCAUCACCCACAGCAACGCUUCGGUUGAACUGCGCAGCAUUCUUAGUCACUAAACAACCGUGUGUAAUUCCUUGGUGAUGACUAAUGAUAUCUUCCUGUUUGGCGUCCGAUGAAAUGUUGAAGAAGAUCAAUCAACGUAAGGACGCAUUCUAAUCAAUUUACUGUAUCAAGAUGGCGCCACAUAUGCUAAGGGACUACCACUCCACUGGAGAUCCUGGCAGAUACUCGUUGAGGGCAACCAAGCAUAGUGAAAACAUUUUCCCAAGACUGCCUCACGUGGAUACUUCAAAAAUAAACGGAAAGGAAGAUUUUUUUCUUUGCAUGGGUCUUCAAAAGAGAUUUCAUCACAAAUCUUCAAUUAAUGAUAGCUGCAGAGUAGAAACAAUGAUUCCUGCUGGUGUAAUGUUACGUGAUUGUAGUGUUGUUAUCCUGGGAGAGAAGUGUAAAAUAUGCGGUAGGCUUUAUAAGUGUAAAACGGACAUAAAUGUGCAUAUGCAACAAAAACAUUAUGCUUAUUCAACAGAAGAAACUCAGUGUAAGGAGUAUAACGAUGAAAUAUACUCAAGUAUUUCUUCACCGCAUACGGUUAAAAAAAAAUCUGCAAAAAAGUUACAAAUAACUUUCAAAAUAGGAUGGCAAGUUUUAUCGAAACGUUCAGUGAAGCGAAAACACCUGAAAAGGAAUGCGAUUGAUACCGGUACACAAACCGAACUAUACAAUUCGGAAAUAAUUACGGAUAAAGAUGGUUAUGAAAGUAGCGUUCCUCAUAUCGAUCCUCCGUCAUUCUGCACUAGUCCUUCUCGAUGUAGCAACCCAACUUUACAUGAAGUAAAUACCGAUCGAUAUGUGGAUAGCAACAUUGUGACAGGUCAGGCUUUCACAGAUGGCGAAAAUAUGGCGUCCGAGAAAAACUUAGAUUUACAUAAAAGUAACAAUUUCACUCAAACUUUUACAAUUUCGAGUUACUCGAUAUCUAAUAAGGAAUUUGACCUUAUGCAACCUUGUUUAUCAACAACCUUGAAUUCCAAAGAGAAAAGCGAUACUGAUAUAAUAACAACAGACGAACAUGGUAAACAAAGAGAUAUAAAUGCAAAUGAGAUAUCAACAGAUAUUUCUGUAGAGAGUUUACAAAACUCGAUUAGGGCAACAAUGGAAAAUUCAGUGAUUCCAGAGCACCAUUUGGCGACUCAAUGUCAGUCAGCGCCCCCUCAGCAACCAACAACUCAACUACAUUCAACAUCACCCAAAGAACUACCAAUACACCACCGAAGAUUAAUAUUUUCUCAACAAUUGUCACCUUCUCAACUGUCUUCAAGAGGUCGUAGACAGUCAAUACCUCUCGAGCAGUCGCCACCUAAUCGACAGUCGGUACUUUCUAGACAACUAUCUCUGCCUGAACUAACGCCUUCUCAACAGCAACCGUCACCUCAGCAACCAUCAACUCCUUUACAGCAACAAACAACUAGUCCCGUUAAUCAACAACCUGAUGAUGAAAUACAAGAAGUUUUACGCAUUGUUAGAGGUCGCAGUAGCAGCAAAGACAUUAACCAAGAAUCACCGAACCGUUACGAGCAACUGUUGCUGCAUGACGUCAUUGAAGAUAUGCGAAAAAUGGAGGAACGAGGUUUGCACUUAUUAGAGAAGAAGUUCAUGAAGAUAAGGAAACGCAUACUUAAAAAUGGUGAUAAUGAGCCCGUGAAAAAGAAGAAGAAAGCACCCAAAUCAAAUGACAAGCACAAAAUAAAAGAUUCAAAAAAGAAGAAACUUAGUACAAAAGCGCAAAAACAAAAUAGUGUUGUUGGAGACGUCUUAAAAGAGAACCUGACUUGUAAUGGGAACGUGAACAGUAUGGAUGAAAUGUUACGUGGCUACGGUAUUAAUUUUUAUAAUGACACGUUCGAGGUAAACAAUAAUACGGAGAACAUUCAGGAACCCGUCCGCCAUUUUCUCGCCCCAUGUUCCGAUUCAACGGAGAACAGGGGCAAUAGACCGAUCGUAAUAGAUCUAGUCAAUGACACCGAUGAAUAAUCGACAAUAGAAACAAUAUAUUAUAAUGAAUGGUGAUACAUAGAUGUGUAAAAGUAUUGUCAGAUUGUAAAGAAUGAUGAUAAUGGCGGAUACGUUUCCAGAAUAAUGCAAUUGAAAGCGCUAAUUCAGUAUGACUAUGUUUAUGUUCAUUGAGUUCCACAUUUUCGUUAUUGAUAUGAGCACAUUUAAACAAAAGAACACAUGAAAUUCUUACUGUAUAAUUUGAGUGCAAUUUAAUAGAUUUAUGGAA